UGCACAAGUUCCAGCCAUGUCCUCAGACAAGAUCUUCACCGAAGGGGAGACCUGCAAGUCUGUUUGGCACAAUGCAUCUGCAGGGUACAAUGAGGCAGACACCCACCUGGAAAUCAUGGGCAAACCGGUGAUGGAAAGGUGGGAGACCCCCUACAUGCACAGCCUAGCGGGGGUAGCUGCUAGUAAAGGAGGGAGAGUGCUUGAGAUUGGAUUUGGUAUGGCAAUUGCAGCUACAAAGCUGGAAGAGUACAAAAUAGAGGAACACUGGAUCAUAGAAUGCAAUGAUGGGGUAUUCCAACGGUUACAAGAAUGGGCCAAACUCCAACCACAUAAGAUUGUCCCCCUGAAGGGGCUGUGGGAAGAUGUAGUUCCAACAUUGCCAGAUGGACAUUUUGAUGGAAUUCUCUAUGACACAUACCCCCUGUCUGAAGAAACGUGGCAUACCCAUCAGUUCAACUUUAUUAAGGGUCAUGCACAUCGUCUGCUCAAAGCAGGGGGUGUCCUCACAUAUUGUAACCUGACAUCUUGGGGAGAGUUCCUGAAGAACAAAUACACAGACAUUGAAAAAAUGUUCAAGGAAACACAAAUACCUGAGCUUCUGGAGGCAGGAUUCAAGAAUGAAAAUAUCAGCACCACAGUGAUGGACCUGAUUCCCCCUGAAGAAUGUAGAUACUACGCCUUCCCUAAGAUGAUAACACCUACCAUUGUAAAGGUCUGAGAAGUAUACUUAAGCUGUCCAUACACUGAUCACAUUU